AUAAAUAUUGAUGUUUAGUUGUGAAAUAUGUAAAAUGGUAUGUUUUGAGUGCUGUGUAUGUAAAAAUCCCUAAAAAAAAAGAAAUAAAAAAAAGCUGCGAUAGUCCGCAACGGACGGCGAUCUUGAUGAUCUAUCAUCAAACGGCCAUUUAAAUUCAAAACCCUAACAAACGACUUCACGUACCGCCAUUUCGUUGAUUACGGUGAUUUCUCUUUCUUUUCCGGUUGGUCGCCUCCUGGAGUCACCGGCAAUCUCCGCCAUUGAUUCGCUUUCCACCUCAGCCUUCGUCUCUCUCUUCUAUCAUCUGUAUCUUGAUGGAGUUCUGGGAUGGAUGGGGUUUCAGGUAUUGAAGUUAAACCUGGACAGACAGUCAAAUGUGAAGCAGGGGAUGAAAGCAUUGUGCAUCUUUCACAGGCUUCGCUUGGUGAAAUUAAGAAGGAAAAAGGAUCUGAAUAUGUUCCAAUCUUUGUCAAGUUUAAUGAUCAGAAGCUAGUCAUUGGAAACCUUUCCGCAGAUAAAUGUGCUCAGAUUCAGUAUGAUCUUAUCUUUGAGAAGGAAUUUGAGUUGUCACAUGGCUCCAAGAAUUCUAGCGUGUUCUUUGUUGGUUAUAAGAGAGUUAAUGAGAUUGAUUCUAGCUCUGAUGAUGAUCUUUACAUUGAUGAAGGAGCAAAUGGUAUAGCUUAUAAGAACAAAUUUGGCAAAUUGAUCGCUGAAAAGGCUAGUGCAAGUAAGGAUGAUAAUGUGGCUGCUAAACGGAAGGCUAACUUAGAGAAACCAAAGAAAGAGCUGGUCAAAGCUGAUAAAAAGGUAGAGGAUAAAGACAGUGAGAAUGAUAGCAAAGAGGACGACGAUGAGGAUUAUGAGGAUGAGGAUGAUGACAACAAUGAUUCUGAAGAAGAUUCAGAUAAAGAUGAGCAAAUCAUUAAAUCAUCAGGAGAUGGAGAUGGUUCAGAAGAAGAUGAGGAUGAUAGCUCUGAGGUUGAAUCAUCAGGAGAUGGUUCAGAAGAAGAUGAGGAUGAUAGCUCUGAAAAAGAGACUCCCCGCGAUAAGAUAUUGCUUUUACAGCAAAUCAUUGAAUCAUCAGGAGAUGGUUCAGAAGAAGAUGAGGAUGAUAGCUCUGAGGAAGAGACUCCCCAAGAGAAGGUUGAAAAGAAAAGGAAAGCUGAUUCUGCUUCAAAAACACCUAUUCCUGGAAAAAAGACUAAACUUGUGACUCCAGUUGAAAACCUUAAAGCAGGUGGUGAUGGAAAGAAAGCAUACGUUCAUGUGGCAACUCCCUACCCUGCUAAGCAAGGUGGAAAACCUCAACCGUCUUCAAAGUUUGAUCGAUCUCUAGCUUGCAGGACCUGCAACAGGAAAUCCAAGCAUGGCAAUGCAGCUAAAUAAGCAAUGAAGUAAGAAAUUCUCAUUUUUCUUUUCCUCGAGCUUUGGUUUAUGGAUCCGGAUGUGAUUAGCUUUGCGACGAAUCCAAUUUUCUGGGGAUGAAGCAUUUACUUUGAGAUUUGAUGACUGAAAAUGCUUGUCUUUUCAAGGUUUUCUAUGGUUUUGGUCUGGCUUGGCGCAUUAGACGAUUGGAUUUGGUUUUAUUUUUUCAAAAUGAUAUUUUGUUUGAUUGAGUGUAGG